UCAUACCGCUCGAGUUCUGUACUAAAUAUAGGAGCUACGAGCCCAAUUCAUUAGCUAGCCGAGCUAGCUAUCAGUCCUGCCGUUUGCCCCGUUGCCAUGCACUGCCAAUCCUAAGCAUUUCCACAUAUUUGGCUGGCUGCUUAACCGUGUUCCUACCAAGGAGCUUUGGUGGUCAUGAGAAGGGGCUGAGCCGGGCUAGUUGUGCGCAUUGUUUGUUGGUGUUUCAUCACUACUAAGAGGUGGGGUGGGGAUGACCACGUCCAAUGCGUCGGUUCUGAAAAAUGACACACACACCUCUGCAUCCAGGAUGAUGACAACAUGAGCUGCGACUUCGUGUGACCAUGCAUAAUUCUCCUCUUUUCCAGUAUCUGCAGGAUCUAGGGCACACAGACUUUGAGGCAUGUCCGACAGCAUCACAGGAGGAGGAAUAUGGCGAGCAAGAGGGAGACCUCACCUCUCCCGGUGGAGACCCACAGAAAACCUCAGGCUUAUGGAGACUGGCUGAGGCCUUAUGGAGAUGGAGCCCAUUUCACCAGGCGGCAGCAUCUCGCAAGCUGGACCAGAAGCUGGACUGCAUGUUCGGCCAGUACUCGGUCAGGUGCAUUCUGGACCAGGACGUGCUGCUGCAGGAGGACGUGGAGCUGAUCGAGCUCUUAGACCCGAGUCUGCUCACCCUCGGCUCCUCACCCUCUGGCUCGCCUCGCAGAGCGAACACCUUACCUAGACCGAGCCUCAUCGCCAAGCCCUCCCUAUGGGACAUGGCCGGGCUGGUCGGCCUGGCCUCAGUGCUGCUGGGGCUCUGCUCCGUGUCUGGGGGCCUGUGGUCGCUGGCUGCAGCUCCGUGGGGCUUGGCCCUGCUGGGCUGGGUGGGACUGAGGAUGGUCACGUUAUGGAGACAGGGCCGUAUGCAGAGAGCUGUCCACACCAGGGCCACCCAGCUCCAGACUCUGGUUCACAACGGCAAGACCCUGACGGGGCUGUCCCGAAAAGCCCUGCGUCUGGUGCAGGAGACUGAAGUCAUCUCCAGAGGUUUCACCCUUUUGCUCGACAGGGUGAGUGCGGCCAGCUCCUUUAGCAGGGCGGGGCCGGGGGCGGGGCUACGUGGCCAACAGCUCAUCGGACUGAGGAAGGCCUUGUACCGGGCGCUGCGUUCGGCCUUCAGGGCAUCGCGCAGGGCCACCUGUCACAUGCUCAAGGCGUUCCCUCUGAACUCUGAGAUCGAUAAUGUGACCAACUACGUGUCCGCGGUGCCUCUGAAGGAGCUGGGGCUUGGCCUGGGUAUCGAACACCUGGGAGACGAGCAGGCCCAGGAGCUUACGGAUGACUACAGCCUGCCUGCCUUGAAGAUGCUGUUCCAGCUGUGGGUCGGUCAAAGCUCCGAAUGUUUCCGUCGGCUGGCCCUUCUCCUCUCUCCAAGCCGAGUAGAGGAGUCUGAGGAAAUCAGACCCACAGAAGACGCCUCCUCUCCUCUUCCUCUUCCUCCUCCGCUCUACCGGUCCAUCUCCGCCGUGACCGAGCCCCUCCAUCACGCUCUGGCGAGCUGUCUCGGCGAAGUGCAGCGCAGCUUCGACUUUCACAGACACUUUGAGACCCAGCCGAGGACCACAGGCUGCGACAGGACAGGGCGAGCCAGAGAGAAAUGCCGAGAGCUCAACACCCUCCACACCUCCAUCCGAAGCCUGCAGCUGCACCUGAAAGCGCUGCUCAGCGAGAUGAUCAUCCUGGAGGACGACCUGGAGAAGCUGAUGGUGUCCAAGGAGCUGACGGAGUUGACGCUCGAGGGCUACCAGGACCUGAGCGACCGGCUCCACCAGCUGCAGCCACACAUGCAGGCUAGCACUGGCUGCUGGGAGGACACCAUCAGUCAGGUGGAGCGCAUGCUGAGACGAGCCAACGCCUGUACAGCCAGCGCUGAGGGUCUGGAGCAGUGCAGUCCUCCUCCACCUGAGGUUCCCGAUCCUCCUCCAUCCUACCCGCUGAUCCUGGACAGAGACCCCGUGCCGGAGGAGCUGGAGUGGGAGGCCUACGUGUCUGACUCGGACUCUGAUGGCGAAGGCAGAGGGUCAUGGUCUGACAUGUUGUCACCGGAGGAGCGGGAGCGGCAGCGGCGGGAGAGGGAGGAGUCCCGUCGCGUCCUGUCUGAGCUGAAAGCUGUCCUGGGCUUCCGUGCGUCAGAGGGGGAGAGGAUGAAGAGGAAGCAGCUGCUCUUCAGCGACCAAGCCGCCGUGGGGCUUUCGGUUCACACAGAGGGUUCAGACCCUUCCACUCAGCCGUCAGACGAUCUGACAUCUGUGGGCAAAGGAGAACCUGCCAUCGACAGAGGAAACAACCUAUCAGAGCGCUCUGCUGGAAAUGAAGAGAAGGAGCAGGAAGGAAGACACGAUGGGGUGAGGCCUAACCCCUCCACCGACCCCGUGACAGAGUUCAGCUGCGGUGUGGAGCAAUCAGAGAUGGGAGGAACGUCUGUCUGCAGCAGAGGAGGAGGAGGAGCGUCAGAGCUGCACCAGUAUGAUGGCGUCCUGGAGGAGGGGGAGGGGGAGAACGGCCUGGACUGCUUCCUGAAGCCUAAAGUCUCCGCCGUCUCUGUGAUGGACAGACUGACGGAGAUCCACGGCUCUGAGGCGCUCAGCUUCAGCUCCGCCCUCGCAGCUCAGGUGGCUGCUCGCUCACACUCCCUCAUCAGCAUGGAGGAGCAGACGUUCGGAGAUGAUGAUGACAAGGAGGAGAAAGAGGGGGACGACGAAGAGGGCAGAGACAGACAAAACCCAGAGAAGGACUAGAGAUGAAACCGCUUUAACCGAGCACUAAGCAGAGACAGUGUUUAUGUCUGUGUUACAUCAGAGAAAAUCCAGCCCACGACACUCUGUCACCCAUCCGUCCACAUUACUGUACAUUACCCACAAUUCUUACUGCUCUGUUUGCUGUUAAAACUCAGGUACCAGAACCACUAUAACAACAUGAAGACCUUACAGUGUUGAGGUCAGCAGACCCCGGUGUCAUCCACACUCUGAAACGUGAUCACAGUCGCUCUGUAGAUGUGGAAGAAACUUCUGAUUGUAUGAGAAGAAAAACGGUUUUAGUUGCACAUUUUUUAACUUUAAAUCAGAGCUGCACUGUGUGUUCAGGCAGAAACCCCUCCACAGUCAUCUGAUUUUAUUCAUUUAUAAUAAUAACACGAAAAAUUUUAUAAAAUUGGAAUUUGAAAAAAUUUAUUCAUAAUAUAAAGAAUAACAAGCGACCUGCAGGCUGAAAGGCUGCAGAUGGCUUCCUUUAGUUCUCUUCCUCCUUUCCUGUCUCCUCUCACCUGUUCUCAUCCAAUAAAGGUUUAGAACUCCUUAAAAAUUGCAAAGUUUGGACCCAAAUACAGGACGCUGGAGACAGAUAAGUAUCUAAAAACACUCGGAGGCAUAACAGCAGCUGAACACAGUUAAGAGGCGAGAAUAGUCAGGGAAUCGGGUAAAGGACACAAAGCUAACCUUCAGUAAAGCAGGAAGUAACCCAAAACGAACCAAGCUGCAUUAAACAAUGCUGGCAUUAAACAUGAAGACAGAGGGGCAAGCUGCCAACAAAGCUCAAUAUAACCAGGCUUUCUCUGCUUUAGGUGGCUUAAAAUUAACAUUUGUUUUACAGCUCUGCGUGAGGCUGUUUAUUUCGACAGCUGCACACGAGAGCUCCAAAACGCUGCAGACAUUUAAAUAUUAAAAGGUGACUCGGUGUGUUCAGGUCUGACGCUCUCUGACGAAGGAAUCACUUUAGUUCAAACUAAAAGUCAUUUACUUUUUAUAUUCUCAAUUCAAUGGGUUUCCAACGGAAGAUUGUUCUCGCCAUUGGAAAAAAAUAAAUACAUCUCGCCAUGAGACGACUUAUAAAUGUAAACAUCUGAGAUAAUAAUCUUUUUUUUUCCUGUGGCGUUAAAAAGCUUUCACAGAUUUUAAACAAAACUCUGAACAUAACCUGCUCCAGCAUAGGUUGCCAUGGUGAUUCAGCCUGGUGAAAAGAGGCUUUAAGCCUGUUCUGCAGUACACCAUUCUGAGCCUGAGACACAAACAGAAAGACAAAACUGAGAGAGGAGCAGAUGAGGAAACGCCAGGGGAACUGUACUCACAGGAAGUAAACUCAAACCAGGAAUUCAACACUAACACCAACUUAAAUAAAACAAUACAAAAAAAAAAAGUGUACUGCAGGUUCUACAUGCUUAGCCAGUUUCUAAAUAUGAAUCCAAAAGUUUUUAAUACACAUCAGGAAAUCUGAGCCUUAAUGUUUCAGGGAGUAAAAUACACAGUGAAAUCUGUCCAGGAGCGAUUUUCUGUCUGAACACACACACCGAGGAGCUGAAGGUCAAAUCAGCUGAUUUCUUAAGGAUCUGUGUGAGAGGCAGCUCUGCGGGAAAAGGAAGUGAAGCUAUUUUUACAAUCAGCGCUUUUAUUUUUGUCCUCGUGGGGGCUUCUGCGCCCCUGAUGGGACUCGGAGGAGGUGACAUGUAGCUGAACGUGCGUCCACAAUCUUGUUUCCAGUGACGUUUUGUGAACUGCUCACAGUUCGAUCCCCUUUCUCUGCGUCAGUGUUUACAGGGCCACGCUCAGCGGAAGGGUCGGGCUCAAACGUCUGAGUUUAAUGAUCUGCUGUGAGUUUACGUUCACCUCUACGGGUACGGUAUUAAAAGAAACAAAGGUGUAUUUCUCUCAUUUGUCUGACAGCCCUGAUGCUGGCCCCGCCUCCAACCCAACCAGCCCUCUCUCCUGUCACCGUGUCUGCCUUGUCCUCCUGCAUUUUUCAGUGUGAAAUAAAAAACCAUCCUGGAAGUUUGUCCUCACGCUCGUGUGUCACAGCGGGGUUAAAGAACAGGUUGGGUCGGUUAUUUGAUCUGUUUCGUGUGGGAUUUUGUUCUUGCCUGACUUACAACAGCUGCAGCUGCUGCUGCGCCUUCUUUGGGUCCCUCUUGGCUUUGGAGGCAAAUACUUAGAUCUGCAGUGGGCAGAGGUAGCUGCUAAAGUUACUUUUAGUUAACUAAACUAAAACUAAACCCUAACUCUUUCCUCUGUGAAUGCGAAAUAGAGCUGACACUUGUUUUGGUCAUAUUUCAAG